GUGUUUCACAACGCCGUGUUCUGUUCACGCGGUUUUGGGCUUUCGGGUUGUGUUUUAUUAUAGGUGUGUCGGGGUGCUUGUAGUGAUAGGGGUCUGUUUUAUUCUAGCUGUGUCGGGGUGUUGGGGUGCUUGUAGUGACGCGGUGCUGUAGUGACCGGGGUGUGUUCUAUUCCACAGGUGCCGGGGGGGGUGUUCUUUUCCAGAGGUUUCGGGGUGUCGGGGUGCUGUAGUGACCGGAGUGUGUUCUAUUCCAGAGGUGUUGGGGUGCUGUAGUGACCGGGGUGUGUGCUAUUCCUGAGGUGUCCUGUGUUCUGAGUGUGAAACGCUGUCCUCAGUGUCAGUGGCCCCAGACUCAAGAUGGGGGAGCGGAAAGGAGUGAACAAAUAUUAUCCCCCUGACUUCGACCCUGCCAAGCAUGGGUCACUCAAUGGCUACAGGAACAGCCACCCUCUGCGGGAGAGGGCCAGGAAACUGUCCCAGGGCAUCCUCAUCAUCCGGUUUGAGAUGCCCUACAACAUCUGGUGUGAUGGCUGCAAGAACCACAUUGGCAUGGGGGUACGAUACAAUGCUGAGAAGAAGAAGGUGGGGAACUAUUACACCACCCCUAUCUACAGGUUCAGGAUGAAGUGUCACCUGUGUGUGAACUAUAUCGAGAUGCAGACGGACCCAGCCAGCUGCGAUUACGUCAUUGUCAGCGGGGCUUGCCGCAAGGAGGAGCGCUGGGACCCUGCAGACAACGAGCAGAUUCUGGUGACCGAGCGCAGCGACAAGGAGAAGCUGGAGACGGACGCCAUGUUCCGGCUGGAGCACGGCGGGAAGGACCGGGAGAAGCUGCGUGCCGCUAUCCCAACCCUCUCCCAGAUCCAGGAGCACCAGGAGGCCUGGAGGGACGACUUCCAGGUCAACAGCGCCCUCCGCAGGAAGUUCCGGCCUACGAGGACAGACAGCAGUUAAAGCGACGGGAGAUUGCUGCUCGCUCCUGGUUUCCAUCCCCCGGGGGCGAAUCCCCGGCCUCAAGUGCGCUGCGCAGACUGGGACUGGCUGGGAAAGCGGGAGCAGGCCGUGUGCCAGGCCCCUCGACAGCCUGUUCCCCCCUCAACCUGGUCCGCAAGAAGGCCGACACUGGCGGGACACAAAUCUCCAUCACACAGCGCAGGAAUUCUGCCCCCGGGGGGCUCGAUUCAAGUGUUGAUCGGAGGAGAGAAGCGGGGGCCUCUUCAAGGAAACCAGAGCCAGAGGUGGUGGGUGUGAGCAGUGCAGAGCCUGUAGUGCGAGAGCAGGGGGCGCAGAUACACAGCACUCACACAGACUCGGACCACACGACCUCUGCACCCACCACAGACGGCUACCAGGCAGCUGGAACACUAGGUACAGCAGGGGGUUGUGGGACAGUGGAGGAACAGGAUGCCUGCUCUAAAACCCUGCAGGUCAGGUCUCUGGUGGCUGAUUACAGUGACUCUGGUUCCGAAUCUGAGCACUGAGGAGCUGCAGGAAUCUCCCUCUCUCCUUUCAUACUCUGCUCCCUCAGUAACACUCGUUUCAGCUCUGACCUACAAGCGAUUCACAGUGGCUGGAGCUGGUGAACUGGGCUGAAGUGGACUGGUGGAAGCCCUACACCCUGACCAGACUGUGGGACCUGACCAGACUGUCCCUGACCCCUGGACUGUCCGGUCAGAGCAGAGGACAGCCGUGCUCCCUCCUGCUGCCUGACCCCUGGACUGUCCGGUCAGAGCAGAGGACAGCUGUGUCUCAAACUCACGGAUUCUGUCCUGCACUGUCCAUCUGGGUACCAUGGUACAUGACAAGAGCAGAGGGGAGCCCUGCCUGGGUGGGCGUGGUCUGUGUGUAAAUGAAAUCCAGUACAGACAAAAUGUUGAUGUUUUUCAUUCCUUUUAUUACAACAAUUAAAAAGAUAUGCAAAAUACAAA